AUGGAGCUGCUGGGGCUGAAUCGGAGCGCGCCGGAGCCAGAGUCCCCGUGCGGCCCGGGUCCCCUGUCCCCCAACAGCAGUGUUAACAGCAGUGCCAAUAGUAGCUGCGAAUCUCCCCGAGGAGGCUUUGGAGCCAGCAGGACGCCCCGAGAGCUGGAGUUGGCAGUGAGGGUGACCCUGUAUGUCGUGAUUUUCCUGCUGAGCGUGGGAGGAAACAUGCUGAUAAUCACAGUGCUGGGACUAAGCCGUCGUCUGCGCACGGUCACCAACGCCUUCCUACUCUCUCUGGCUGUUAGCGACCUACUCCUGGCUGUGGCCUGUAUGCCCUUCACCCUCCUGCCCAACCUCAUGGGCACCUUCAUCUUCGGCACUGUAGUCUGCAAGGCUGUCGCCUACCUCAUGGGAGUGUCUGUGAGUGUGUCCACCCUAAGCCUGGUGGCCAUCGCCUUGGAGCGCUACAGCGCCAUCUGCCGGCCUUUGCAAGCACGCGUGUGGCAGACACGCUCCCAUGCUGUGCGUGUCAUCGUGGCCACGUGGCUGCUGUCAGGGCUGCUCAUGCUACCCUAUCCUGUGUACUCCGUUGUGCGGCCAGUGAGCCCCCGAGCACUGCAGUGCACACACAGCUGGCCUAGCAAUCGAGCGCGCCAAGCAUGGUCUGUGUUGCUGCUGCUGUUCCUGUUCUUUGUGCCUGGCGUAGUCAUGGCCGUGGCUUACGGUCUCAUCUCCCGUGAACUGUACUUGGGGAUCCGCUUCGAGAGCCAGAGCCAGAGGCAUGGGCAUGGGCAGCAGGGCCACAACGGCGACCACAGACAAAAUGGAUUACCUGGUGGGCCAAGCCCAGCACUUUCCAAUGGGCCAAGUACCCGACCAUCUGCAGGCCAGGAGGGUGAUGGCUGCUAUGUGAAUCUUCUCCCAGAACAAUCUGGAAUGGAACUCUCAGCAUUGACCCCCACUGCCUCUAGAAGGGACACCCGAGGCCCUGGACCUGGGGUGAGCUCAUGGCCAGCUCAGGCUCAGGCUCAGCUGCAGGCCAAGAAGCGGGUAGUACGGAUGCUGCUGGUGAUCGUGGGGCUAUUUUUCCUGUGCUGGCUGCCCUUGUACAGUGCCAACACAUGGCGUGCCUUUGACAGGGAAGGUGCUCACCGUGCCCUCUCAGGAGCCCCUAUCUCUUUCAUCCACCUGCUCAGCUACGUCUCUGCCUGUGUCAAUCCACUUGUCUACUGUUUCAUGCAUCGGCGUUUCCGUCAGGCCUGCAUGGCCACUUGUGCUAGAUGCCGACCCCACCCACCCCGUGCCCGAGUUGCUCGAGCUGGGCCCCGGCUGGGUGAUGAUCAUGAACUCGACCAUCCCACUACCUCACUGUCUCGUCUCAGCUACACAACUGUCAGCACACUGGGUCCUGGUUGAGGGCAUCCCAAGACGUGCAGUCCAUGUCUUGUUUAGGAAGACAUGGAACCAACCCAUACAUACACUGCCCCUCCUGCCUUGGGGAACAAGAGUCCCUUCUACCUUGGGGAAAAUGGGCAUCCUACCAUAGGGAGCCCAGUUCCCUCCACUGCUGCCCCAGGGUGGCACAGGCACCACUCCCCUGUGGACCAUAGAAGUCCUAAUCUCGCACUGAACCGAAACUGUAAACUGUCACUGGGCACACAGGACUAACAGUCUUUACAUGGAUACACUUCUAGAGAUCACAUACCCCAAGACAAAAAAGACCUCCCUGGACAAGGGGUAACAGCACCUAUCAUGACAUAGUCCUACCUGGGGAGGUUCUAAGGGUAGCACAGGUGACCCCUGACCUACUUGGAGCUCCUCUGGACAGGGAAAUGGAGCUCACCUGCCCCAGCACUGAAGCUCACAGUCAGCACUGACCCUGGGGUGCACAAGGCAGACUCAGCACCUACCCUAGCAGUGUGCCUGCAGUCUGCACUGAGCAUCCUGGCCCUGAAUUUAGGUCCUUUAUCUGUUAGACCACAAGUCACUAACCCCCAGCUUACAUUUACUGCAGAGCCCAAGAAGACACAUAAGACACAUGGAUGUCAAGGAAGGUGUAGGAAUAAAAAUAGCCUCUGUUCCUGACAGCACUGUCCUUGUGGGGUCAGAAGCUACAGGAAGGCUCAUGCCUAGAGUGUGGGGAGAACUGAGCCCCAAACCAAGCCUUUGGUGGAAAGGGGCUCAGGAGGGCAGAGAUCUACCCCAGACCCCUCUUGACCCCCAUCUCUAGAAUUCCAAACACAUCUCAUAUACUCUAGUCACCUUCCAUGGUGCAUACCUGUUACCUCUUCCUCUCUAUACCCC